AUGGCGCCCUCCGCUACAGGUGAGCCGGCGCCAAUGCACCUACCCGCCGCACUGAAGGCUUCAACCAUCAAUGCUUCUGUCUUGCAUGGCCCGCGCGACCUGCGAUUGGAACGUCGAUGCAUCGAGGAUCCCGGAACUGGAGAGCUGCAGAUUGCUGUCAAAACAACUGGUAUUUGCGGCUCCGAUGUUUCGUACUACAAGAAGUUUGCCAAUGGCGACCUCUGCGCCUGCAUGCCUCUCUCGCUUGGCCACGAGUCGUCAGGGGUUGUCGUCGCCAUCGGUCCUCAGGUCACCGGCUUCAACAUCGGCGACCGUGUGGCGCUCGAGGUUGGCAUCCCAUGUGGCCAGUGCGGUAUCUGCCGCCGUGGCAGAUACAACCUAUGCAAGCGCAUGAGAUUCAGGAGUAGUGCCAAAUCAGUCCCCCACUUCCAGGGCACGUUACAGGAACGCAUCAACCAUCCUGCUGUGUGGUGCCACAAGCUUCCUGACAACAUAUCUUUCGACACAGCUGCCCUCCUAGAGCCUCUGUCUGUAGCUAUCCAUGCUGUUAACCGGGCCAGCCCGACCCCGGGUUCCACGGCUUUGGUCUUGGGAGCUGGUGCGGUCGGGUUACUUACCGCAGCAAUGGCGAGGCAAGCCGGCUGCUCGACAGUGACGAUUGCCGACGUGGACCAGGGACGCGUUGACUUCGCCAUUGCUAAGGGCUUCGCCACGCAUGGCUACGUUGUGCCGAGACCAUUGCACACGUCGUCGAGCUGCGCUUCAAUAUACAGUGGCAGCAGCUCUGGCGUGUCAACCCCGGAUGGGGUAAUGACCCCGGCUAGUACACUAUCGUUCCAAAGCCAGCUCGACUCGGCCAAGUCACUUGCCGCGGAGAUGUUGGCUUUAACAAGCUCCUCAAACCCUCUUCUGGUUGAUGACGAGGACGAUGGUGUCGACGUUACGUUCGAGUGCACGGGCAAAGAGGUGUGCAUGCACACUUCGCUUUACGCCACACGGUCGGGCGGCAAAGUGAUCAUGGUGGGUAUGGGAACGCCGAUCCAAACCCUGCCCAUGUCGGUGGCACAUCUGCGCGAGAUCGACAUCUUGGGCAUUUUCCGCUAUGCCAACACAUAUUCCACUGGCAUCCGGCUGCUCUGCGCACGCGAUCGCCUUGGCCGGGGCGCCGGCUAUAUCCUUCCUGACCUCGACCAGAUGGUCACGCACCGAUUCAAGGGCCUCGAGAAUGCCAAGGGAGCCUUUGAGCUUGCCAGCAGGACCAUUGACGAUGAUGGUAACCUGGUGCUCAAGGUCGUCAUUGAGGCCUGA